GCAUUUCCGGCCGGCGCGCGCGCGGGCGGCCUCCUCCCUUUCGCAAGGUGAGUGGUCGCCCCUCCCAGUGGUUCCAAUCGGGACCCUUCGUUUCAUCCGCGUGGGUGCCUAUCUCUUUCUCCCGCAGUGACUUCGGUCACCCCCGGCCCGGGUCCUCUGAGUGGUUUCAACCUAGGAGACCCUGUAGGGCGGCCGUACAGUGUCCGCCCCGCGCCAGCCCCCAGCGUCUCCGCCUCCCGGCGGGUGCUGCUGCAUCUCACCCCGUGUCAUCCUCUCUCCCACUCGUCACUUUGUGGAAAAGAAAACUGGGCUCUCUCUUUGGGCUUCAUCCGUUUAUGGCAAACCAAGUUAAGGAAAAAUGCCGCCCCCUUUUUAUUUUUCUCAAGUCUCGUGUAAUUCAGGCUGACCUCGAAUUUGCUAUGUAAGCAAUGAUGCCCUUGAAUUUAUUAUUCUGCAGCCUUCACAUCCCAAGUGUUGGGAUUAGAGGUCCCAAGGUGCCUCCUUGAGCAGGGCUCAUGAAGAUGGCCACACUAGCGGGUGUAGAGGAGGCCCCUCCUGUCUUAUCACUCAACAGUCUCUCAUCACCAGGGAUACCUGGAGACCAGCACCAUGUGGCACUCCAUGGACACCCUCACCACGGCUCUCCCUGUUCCAGCCCUGAGGUGCCUUCCCAGACAGCAGACCCAGACCUCCGAGUCGUAGAGGAAGUGGAGAGCACCAGAGACACCUGGCUUGACUCUGAGUGCCGGCCUGAGAAGACUCAAGCCUCUCUCAGCUCCCAAAGCCUUGGAGAUGGGCUGGCCUCACAUGGAAGGGCACUGAGGGGCAUGUCUAAGUGUGCCGACAGCGUUGACCAGGACCGUAGCUUGGAGCAGCCAGCAGGCCUGCCUCCAGGAACCAAGCCCUGCUCUCAGAAAAGAGACACUUGGCACAUGGUACUCUUGCCCCAGGGAGCCCCAGGGACAGAGGGUAGCGCCAAGAAGACUGCUGAGGUGGGCAGUAGUUUGGGUCGAGACUGCCGGCAGCCGGGUCCACGGGGCACCAAGGCACACCGCUGUGAGGUCUGUGGUAAGAGCUUCAAGUACAAAUCUCUGCUGCUGAAGCACCAGCGCAUCCACACGGGGGAGAAGCCUUACGCCUGUCAUGAGUGCGGCAAACACUUCGGGAGCUGGUGGGGCUUCAUGCAGCACCACCGCAUCCACACAGGCGAGAAGCCCUAUGAGUGCGGCCAUUGCGGCCAGGCCUUCAGCCACAGCUCACACUUCACGCAGCACUUGCGCAUCCACAACGGCGAGAAGCCCUACAAGUGCGGUGAAUGUGGCCAUGCCUUCAGCCAGAGCUCCAACCUGGUGCGUCACCAGCGGCUGCACACCGGGGAAAAGCCGUAUGUCUGCAGCCAGUGCGGCAAGGCCUUCAUCUGGAGCUCCGUGCUCAUCGAACACCAGCGCAUUCACACGGGCGAGAAGCCCUACAAGUGCGAAGACUGCGGCAAGGCCUUCCGAGGACGGUCGCAUUUCUUCCGGCACUUACGGACCCACACGGGCGAGAAGCCCUUCUCCUGUGACUCCUGUGGCAAAGCGUUUGGCCAGAGCUCUCAGCUCAUCCAGCACCAGAGAGUGCACUACCAUGAGUAGCUACACCCCAGUGAAGUCUGGGUAAACCUGCUCUACUGAGUGGGAUGGGGAUGCUUACAGGUACACGGCAGGACAUGCCCUGUGUCCAGGUGUGAUGGCUAAGGAAACUCCAUUUCAUGGUAGGUAUUCAACUUGGAACCUACUCCUGACACUAGCCAUUUCUCUCUGACUCCAGUUCCUGGAAGAUCCCAGUGAACCUGACUCUGCGACCCCUACCCAAAAAUGUACAGCCAUGACCGUCUACCUGUUAUGACAUGACUGCCUGCUUUUUUGGCUUCUGUAACCUGCUUAUGCAGACAUUCAAGGACUGUUUUGAGGUCUUAGUAAGCAGAGCAGCACAGCUCCUGGCUUGCUGGUGCAGACACUCAAUGUGGGUUUUGCCAUUACAAAUCCUUCCCUCACCCCUUUGCACAGCAGUCUCUAGUUUGGCUCAGAGACUGUUGUCCUGCUAUUGGUUUCAAUAAAUUUAUAACUAAUUAUAAUCCA